AAUUAGGGGUAAAACUGGAGGAGGUUUUCGGUGGGUUGUUGAGACCUUCGGAGCGAAAUCGAGGCUUUGUCUUCUCUUCUGAGUUUACAGACACUCUCUCCCUCUCUCUCUCUACACAUAUAUACGCACAACCGACACGUAUGAAUAGGCCAUUCCUUCCCUUUCCUCAAUUAUCAAUUUUGAUCUAAUUUUCGUGUUUUUGCAUCUUCGUGUACCGCGUUUCGGAUAUUGGUGGACUUGUAAAACCCCGGAUCUUGUUCGAUUUGGAUUGUUUCGGGUUGUAUUUUGUGGAAUUAGGCGGGUUUUGUUCCUGGAUCUGCGUGUUUAUUAACUAGCUCGGAUCAAUUAGGGUUUUGAAAUUUAGGGGUGAGUUUUGUGGAAUCUAAAGUUAGGUUUGGUUGAAUGGCUUCGAAUCCUCCAUUCUCGGUGGAGGAUAAUACUGACGAGGAUUUUUUUGAUAAAUUAGUGGAUGAUGACGACGAUGUGGACUUUAAAGUCUCCACAUCGGCGGAAUCUGGAGGCCGUCAUGUCGUGUCGGACGGGAAUGAAUCUGAUGAGGCUAAGGCUUUUGCCAAUUUGAGUAUCAAUGAGCUUGACGAUCAUGGUGAGGUUAAUGUUGAACAAGUCUCCAGCAGUGAUCGUAGCGUAGUUGAUGAUUUAAGUGCAAAAGUGGAGACAGCUGAACAGAUAAGCAAAGUUGAAACAGGGGAGAGGCAUGGAAUUCCAUUAGUGUCAGCUGAUUCAUUUGAAUUUGGUACCGUGUUACAAAAACUGGAAAAUGAAAAUGGCGGUGCUAAUGUUUUGGUCAAUGCUGACAGUGGUGAGGCUGAAAAUGUGGGUGUCUCUGACAUGCCAGUGCUGAGCAAGACAACUAGUGGUAGCGAAAUAGGGGCUCGUGGAGUUAAAGAAGUUGCCUGGAGUGCCUUUAAUGAGGAGUCGGUUCAGAAUGAUAGCAAUGGCUUUGGAUCAUACUCAGACUUUUUCACCGAAUUCGGAGGGGAAAAUCCAUCUGAAGCAUUUAACAACACAGUGGGGGUUACUUCAAAGAAUGGGUUGCAAGAUGCUGUUGGAAAUGAUGUACAUGGAUCCACUUAUAUGGAUACUGCAGACAAUUACGGGCAGUACAAUCAUACACAGAAUGAUAGUAUUGCAGCAGAUCAGAGUUCAUCUGUGCAGGAUAUGAGUAGCACCCAGUACUGGGAAAACCAAUACCCAGGUUGGCAGUAUGAUUACGGUACUGGACAAUGGUAUCAGGUUGAUGGCUAUGAUGGGGGUUCUACUGUGGAAGGAAAUGCCGACUCUAAUGUAACUUCUACUUGGGGAGGGGCUGGUGGGCAGGUUGAUCUCUCUUACAUGCAGCAAACUGGUCAUUCUGUAUCUGGAGCUGUAGCUGAGGCUGGUAAAACAGAGACAGUUUCUAAUUGGAACCAGACCUCUCUGGCGAGUGAUGCUACGGAAACAACAAACUGGAAUCAGGUGUCAGAAGUGAGUGGUAAUAGCAGUGUGGUUUCAUCAGACUGGAAUCAGGCAUCUAAUGAUAAUAAUGGUUACCCUGCUCAUAUGGUAUUUGAUCCUCAGUACCCUGGGUGGUACUAUGAUACUAUUGCCCAAGAAUGGCGCGCUUUAGAGUCAUACGCCCAGUCUGAGCAGUCUACUGCUCAAGUCCACGAUAAGAUGAGUAAGGAUGAUUAUUCAUUUACUGAUACAUUUUCUCAGAACAACACACUGACAGCAAGCAGUUCGCAUGAUCAAGGUAAUAAUUACAAUCCUCAAAUUUUUGGCAGCCAAAGCCCAGAUCAGAAUUGGUUGGGAUCUGCUAACAACUACAACCAACAAAACUCAAGAAUGUGGUUACCUGAUAAAACUGGUACCGCUGGGGAAGCUGGUUUACAAUACACUGAAAACCAAGUAACGGAAAAUAACUAUGCACAGAAUGUUUCUGCAAGUCUGCAUGGAAGUCAACAAAGUAACGCUCAUUAUGCAGUAAAUGGUCCGUAUUAUGAAAAUCUAAGCCAACAUCAGAACAACAACUAUUCUAUGCCUUCCCAGUUUGUUGGCGGAAACUUCAGCCAACAUUUCAAUGACUCCAAAGUCAAUCAAAAUGACCAGAAAUACUUUUCAAAUGACUUUUAUGGCAAUCAAAACGCUGUGAACUUCUCUCAGCAACAGAUUCAAAAUACUCCAAUGACAUACAAUCCUGCGUUGGGGAGGUCAUCUGCUGGUCGUCCUGCUCAUGCUUUAGUUGCCUUUGGUUUUGGUGGCAAGCUCGUUGUGAUGAACCAUAACAACUCUAAUGAAAAUUUGAACUAUGGAAGCCAGAAUCCUGUGGGUGGCUCAAUAACUGUUCUCAACUUAUCAGAAGUUGUGACUGGCAACAUUGAUGCUGUAAAUCAUGGAAGCACUUAUUUCCAGGCUCUCUGCCAGCAUUCUCUUCCAGGUCCUCUUACAGGUGGAAGUGUGGCCACUAAGGAGUUGAAUAAAUGGAUUGAGGAAAGGUUAAAUUCUGAGCCUGCUCAUAUGGAUUACAGAAAGGCUGAAGUGUUGAAGCUGCUCCUGUCGCUGUUAAAAAUAGCCUGUCAGUAUUAUGGAAAACUUAGAUCUCCUUAUGGCACAGAUGCUGCGAUGAAGGAAAGUGAUGCUCCAGAAUCGGCGGUUGCCAAACUGUUUGCUUUUGCUAAAAGAAAUGGGUCACAGUUUAAUCAGUAUGGUGAUAUUACCCGAUGCUUGCAGCAACUUCCAUCUGAAGGACAAUUGCAGGCCACUGCUGCUGAGGUUCAAAAUCUUCUGGUUUCCGGAAGAAAGAAGGAAGCUUUAGAAUGUGCACAGGAGGGACAGUUAUGGGGUCCUGCCCUUGUUCUUGCUGCUCAACUUGGUGAUCAAUUCUAUGUUGACACUGUCAAGCAAAUGGCACUUCGCCAGUUAGUGGCUGGAUCACCCUUGCGAACACUAUGCCUGCUCAUUGCUGGCCAACCAGCUGACGUCUUCUCUGCAGAUACUGCAGCUGUUAACAACAUGACUGGUUCUAUAAAUGUGCCUCAACAACCUGCACAGUUUGGAGCCAAUUGCAUGCUGGACGACUGGGAAGAAAAUUUGGCUGUGAUAACUGCAAAUAGAACAAAGGAUGAUGAACUUGUGCUUAUCCAUCUCGGUGAUUGUUUGUGGAAGGAAAGAAGUGAUAUAAUUGCUGCUCAUAUAUGCUAUUUGGUUGCGGAAUCUAGCUUUGAGCCGUAUUCAGACAGUGCAAGAUUGUGUCUCAUUGGUGCCAAUCAUUUAAAAAUGCCACGGACGUAUGCAAGUCCAGAAGCAAUUCAGAGGACAGAGAUAUAUGAGUAUUCAAAGACACUUGGGAACUCUCAGUCCGUUCUACUUUCAUUUCAACCUUAUAAGUAUGUAUAUGCACUCAUGUUGGCUGAAGUUGGGAGGACGUCGGAGGCAUUAAAGUACUGUCAAGCGGUACUAAAAUCGCUUAAAACUGGACGAACUCACGAGCUGGAGAAUCUAAGGAAUUUAGUUUCAUCCCUUGAGGAUAGGAUUAAAGCUCAUCAACAGGGAGGAUUCUCUGUAAACUUAGCUCCCAAGGAAUUUAUCGGAAAAUUGCUAAACCUUUUUGACAGUACUGCACAUCGUGUUGUUGGGGGCCUGCCACCACCUGCACCGACCUCAGGCGGUGCUGUUUAUGGUAAUGAGAAUCAUUACCAGUCCAGUGGACCCAGAGUGUCGAGUAGUCAAUCAACAAUGGCUAUGUCUUCAUUAGUUCCUCAAUCCAUGGAACCUAUAAAUGAAUGGGCAGCUGAUAACAAAAAGAUUAUGCACACAAGAAGCGUUUCAGAACCUGACUUUGGAAGGAGUCCGAUGCAGAGUCAGGCUGAUCCAUCGAAAGAAGCAACUUCUGCUAGCACACAGGACAAAGCAUCAGCAGGAGGUGGUACAUCUCGCUUAGGGCGUUUUAGUUUUGGAUCUCAGCUCUUUCAGAAGACUGUUGGUUUAGUACUCAAUCGUCAAGGUCGCCAGGCAAAAUUGGGUGAGACAAAUAAGUUUUAUUAUGAUGAAAAACUCAAGAGAUGGGUGGAGGAAGGUGUCGAUCCUCCAGCACCAGAAGCAGCUCUUCCGCCGCCACCAAAGGCUUCAGUUUUUCAGAAUGGAGCAUCAGAAAUGAAUUCAUUGCAAAGUGAACCUCGUAACAAUGGGAACCUUGAAUUUAAAAGCCCAAGCACUAUGGAUAAUAGUCCAGGAAUGCCACCACUUCCUCCAACAGCCAAUCAGUACUCUGCACGUGGAAGGAUGGGUGUUCGCUCUAGGUAUGUUGACACUUUCAACCGAGGUGGCGGGAACACAGUAAGUGGGUUCCAGUCGCCUUUUGUACCUUCUGCAAAACCAGCAGGUGGCAUCAACCCUAAAUUUUUCGUUCCAGCACCAGUAUCUCAUGCUGAGCAGCUUGUCGUUGAAGAAAAGCAGAAUGCUUCCACCACUUAUGAAAAUCCUUCUUCCUCUCCUCCUAAUGACUCGUUCCAUUCGCCAACUCCCUCAUCUUCCAUGGCAGCCAUGCAAAGAUUUGGAAGCAUGAGCAACAUAUACAACAAGGGGGCAAAUGAUAGCUCCUUUGCGUUACAUUCACGGAGAACUGCUUCAUGGGGUGGGAGCUUAAAUGACUCAAUGAGCCCUCCAAAUAGGGGACAACCUCCGGGAGAGCCACUGGGCAUGCGUCCUCCAUCUUUCAGGCAAAGUGACACUUCGCUAGCAGAUUCAUCAGUGAGUGGUGGCAGUUUCGGAGAAGAACUACAAGAAGUCGAACUCUAAUAUCCUCAAGAUGUACAUAGCAAAUUUAUCCAUACAGCCAGAGCCUGUUCAAAUCACAGAUUGUCUGCAGCAAGUGAUGGAGAUCGACAAAUUUUCUGUCCUUUUAUUUUCUUUCUCCUUUUCGAUAGCCCUUUUUUUUAUUUUUGUGGCAUCAAUUAUAUGUUUUGUGUUUUUACUAUUGUAUUUUAAAUGUUAGUUUGUUAUUUAGUAGCCAGUACUAUACUUUAUAGAGGUUUGCUCAUCAUUCAAAAUGAACACUGUUCUGGUCGCGGGAAAGCAAUAGCGCGCGAACUGUAAACAUUCAAGCAAAGAAUAGGAAUGUUACGCAGAGGAUUUUGAUAAGUUAUAAACAGUUGAAUAAUAUUUAACAUUUUGUUUCAUUUGCUAAA